CUCUCAGCUGCUGAGCCCAUGUAGUGCCCUGAGCUUCUGCCAUGGAGAGUGGAGUCAGCUAGAUGGUCCAGGAAACACCAGGUCAUACAGGGCUCCUGCACCCACUUGGGCUUUGAAGCAUCAUUAGGCUCACACUGGGGAGGAGCUGCUGCAAUCCCUGCUGUUGUUGAUUCAGACAAGUAGCAGCUUCAGACACAAUGUCAGGCAUGGGAGGUGCACCACACUGCAAAAGUUUCUUGUGAGUUCCUGUGCCUCCUGAAGCCUGUCUGAGGCAGAAGAUCUCCUGAGGCAUGGGGUACCAAGGAGUGCUAGCAAAGAAUGGGCUUUGUGGAGACAUCUUCAAAGGGACAUCAUGCCCGAGGCUUCUUCUGCAAGGAGUUUGAGACCUGGAUCGUUCUUACAUGGAGAUGAGACUGAGUUAACAUGACUUUAUUGAUCAAUGAAAGCUUCUGGAACCGUUCAGAACAGGAGGACCACCUGUUUGGUGGCAAUGGGACAGUCAACGGGACCUCUCUGGCUGAUGGCUUGGACCUGCAGGCACUGAGUGUUGGCAUUGUCUUGGCUGUUUUUAUAUUGUUUGCCAUUGUGGGCAACAUCAUGGUCAUCUUGUCAGUGGCAUGCAACAGGCAGCUACAGACUGUGACCAAUUACUUCAUCAUCAACCUGGCCAUUGCUGACCUUCUGCUCAGUACCACAGUGCUGCCUUUCUCUGCCACCCUGGAGGUUCUCGGUUUUUGGGCUUUUGGAAGGAUCUUCUGUGACAUCUGGGCUGCUGUGGAUGUCCUCUGCUGCACUGCCUCUAUUAUGAGUCUUUGUAUCAUAUCCAUUGAUAGGUAUGUAGGGGUCAAGUACUCUUUGAAAUACCCAACCAUCAUGACUGAGAAGAAGGCUGUGGUCAUUCUCAUCAUUCUGUGGGUUUCUUCCAUGGUCAUCUCCAUUGGACCUCUCUUGGGAUGGAAGGAACCUCCACCAGCAGAUGACAGCCAGUGCAACAUCACUCAGGAACCGGGCUAUGCCCUCUUCUCUUCCCUCUGCUCUUUCUACCUACCGUUGUUGGUCAUUCUUUUCAUGUAUUUCAAAGUCUAUAUAGUUGCCAGAAGGACCACCAAGAGCUUAGAAGCUGGGGUCAAGAAGGAAAGGAAUAAGUCCAUGGAAGUUGUCCUCAGGAUCCAUUGCAGAAGUAGUGUCAUGGGGGAGUCUACUGCCAGCUCCAGGUCCAAGGGACAUACCUUCAGGAGUUCACUCUCUGUCAGACUUAUCAAAUUCUCCAGGGAGAAGAAAGCUGCCAAGACGCUGGCCAUAGUGGUGGGGGUAUUUAUUCUGUGCUGGCUGCCCUUCUUCAUCGUGCUGCCCCUAGGGUCAUUUUUUCCUUCUCUGAGACCUUCAGAUGGCGUCUUUAAAGUCAUCUUCUGGUUGGGAUACUUUAAUAGUUGCGUGAACCCUAUUAUAUACCCAUGUUCCAGCAAAGAAUUCAAAAGAGCCUUCAUAAGACUGCUGAGAUGUCGCUGCCGGAGAAAACGGCGUCCUCUAUGGAGGGUCUACGACAAUCAAUGGAGAACUUCUAUGACCAGUUCCAGGAGGGGAUCAGAUGUAGAGCAACCUGCAGAGUUUUCCUCCAGAAACUCUUCAUUUAUUUUCAACCCGGGUAACCAUGGAAUUACUACAAGGAGGAAGAACGGUUGGAAACUCAUCUCUCCUUUCCAAAACUCUUCUUCUCAACUGAAAGAAAAAAUGAACAGCCUUUCUAAUAAAAUAAAGAACAGCUCAACGAAGAGCAACAUGUCGGCGGCCUACAAGAGCGAGGUGGAGUCCAUCUCCAUGGCUGUUUCCAAUGACUUUACGGAACUAGAGUAUCAAAUGUAUGACCUAGCAGACUGUUGCGGGCUACGAGAAACAGAUAUCUAGAUAUAUCUAUAUUGUCCUGAUUUUAUUGUCGUUUCUUUAUGCGGGGGGGGGGGGGGUUGUCAUAGUGAUUUUGUGAAAAAAAAUUAUUGUAAAUGAAUUUUUGGUAUUAAUAUAAGAAUUUCAAAAAAUUAGACUAAGAUGGUGGCUUGACUAUAUUGAGUUUUUGGUGUUCUUACCAGUGGUUGAUGUUAAAAUGUCAUACUGCUAGUCAUAUAUCCGUUAUGUUUGGAUCCUGUAUCCAGGUGGGUGAACCCCAUAACCGGAGAGAAGACUACACCACCAUAGUUUGUAGGGUUGAACUGAAAUUGGCUUUUACCUCUGAGUAUACAUUUUUGAUUUGGUGCCCGUGUCUUACUGGGUAUAUUGACGUAACUCUUCUGUCCAUGGUCCAAGGCCAUUAAAAUGAACUCAUUGUAACCUGACUCUGUUCCACCAUUUUUGGAUGCUUAUGAAGGCCAUGGUAGGGGUUGUCCGGUCGAUAUUUUUUGAAAACAGGCUCAGAAUGGUGAACAAAAAAAUUUAAGGUCAUAUGUCACCUAUCCCUCCUCGCUCCUGUCCCACCGCUUCCUCCUGCUUACUGGUCCCUGUGGACACAUUGGAAAUGACGGUUUAGCCAAUCACUGGACAAAGUGGUCACCCGCUUCAGCCAGUGAUUGGCUGAGUGGUCUUUUUAUGCAUGUUGAGAAGGACCAGAAAGCAGAGACUGGGAGGACCCAGGAAUAAUCACAACCGAAUAGAUGUGAGUAUGACUUUAUUAUUUACAUUUCUGACAGCAUUUUCACCCUCUAAAAAAUAUGU